GCCACGCCCAUCUCCUGCUCCAAGCAUGCAAGUCAGUGCAGUAUAGCAGUGCAGUGUCACUGUUGUUUUCCUGCUCUACGGUGUGGAUAUAAGAGUUCUACUCAGCUAGUUAUACCAAAUCUGUCUGUGAGUCAUGGGGAACAGCGUGGACAAAGUGAUAGACGGUCUCUAUGUAGGAGGAAUGCUAGGAGGGAAUACAAAAGAGAAGCUUAAGGAGCACAAUAUGACACACGUCCUGGCCAUCCAUGACACAGCUGAACCACUUCAUCCAGAUGAAUUCACUUACAAAUGUAUCAAGAUAUCGGACACUUCCUCAUCUGUCCUCACCCCCUACUUCUCAGAAUGUGUAAACUUCAUCCACGAGGCCAGACUCAAAGGAGGGAGUGUCUAUGUGCAUUGUGCUGCAGGAAUCUCUCGAUCAGUGACCAUGACAGUGAUGUAUUUGAUGACGGUCUCAUCACUGGGCUUUCAAGACGCUCUGAUGGUGGUCAAGCACUGCAGAGAGAUUGCCAACCCUAACUUCGGCUUCAGGCUCCAACUGAAGCAGUACGAAGAAGAACAGCUGUCAUCAGAGAGGAAGAGAGUUCAGGCGCAGUACCCGGACACCAAGAAGCUCAAUGACGACGAAAAACUUAAAGAACUGUUGACUGAGGCUCGCAAAAAGCCACAACAGGACAGUGACUAUUGGAAGGCGUACUCCGCUAACUAAUAUUAUAAUCAUUAAUAGUUAAAUUUUGUACACUUUGUCACUUUUGUUUGCAUCCAUGCAAUGUCAAUAACUUUGUUGAAGCGUAAUUA